UGUUCGAUCGACGGUCGGUAUAACUUCAAUAAGCCGCGGUUUAAAUGUGAUUAUUGAGUUGUUGAUGCAAAAGCCAUGACGCGAAUAUAACGUAACAAUUAUUAGAAUUCCAAUAGAAUACUAUAACUUUACCAACCUCCAUAAUAAGGACAUUGAAAGGUAUAAGAUUUUCGCAUCUAAUAAUCACGUCGCUCGUUAAUUUAGGUAAACAAAAGUAAUUGCCGUCAACGCAAGAUUUUAUUAUAGUUUUAUUACGACGAAUAUUACGCAAAUUAGCGAGCAUAGAUAAUAUUAUAUAGAUAGUGACAAAGAAUUGAGACAAGCAUGGCUUGGAAUCGGUAACUUGUCAAAGAAGAAAAAAAAAGCUAUAUAUAGGUAUCGAAAAACGAACGUUCGAGUUUCGCGCACUUAACCUAUAAUAAAAAGUCAAAAUGAUCAAAAUAAGAGCGAUACUGAGCUCAAAGCCGGCUAUUCGGUUUUGUCAAUUACGACACCUUUCGCAACUGGCUGCAAGACAAAAUGAAAAUACAGAUGAAAGAAUGCAGGCAUGGCAAAUUCAUUCCUAUGGAAGCCUGCAUGAACUUAAGCUGUCAACCGUGAAAAUGCCAGUGUUGUCAAGGCCAUCAGAUAUUUUGAUUAAAGUUGAAGCAGCCAGUGUCAAUCCAAUUGACGUGGCUAUGAUCGGUGGCUAUGGAUCCAAAGUCAUCAAUCUUAUGCGCAAAGCAAAAAGUUGUCAAGGCAGACCAUACAGCGACAUUGAAUUUCCUUUGGUCAUGGGAAGAGAUUUUUCUGGAACUGUUGUUUCCAAGGGACACGGGGUGGACGAACUCAAAAUAGGAGACAAAGUUUGGGGUGUUGUCCCUGUAGAACAACAAGGAUGUCAUGCUGAUUAUGUUAUAGUUGACAGUUGUUUGGUAAGUCUACGACCAAAAAAUUUAUCUUACAUUGAAGCAGCAAGCAUUUUAUAUGCUGGAUUAACAGCUUGGUCUGCCUUAUGGUAUACUGGAGGAUUAUGCUACAAAACAGCUUUUGCAACACAAAUGAACAAACGAGUAUUAGUUCUUGGUGGCUCAGGAGGUGUGGGAACAUUAGCAAUACAACUUCUAAAAGCAUGGAACAUGCAAGUAGUGACAACAUGCAACACUGAUGCAACUGACAUGUUGCAAGAUUUGGGUGCUGAUGUAGUUAUAGAUUACAAACAACAGGAUGCCGAUUCAAAAGUGAUUGCAGAGGGACCAUACAAUAUAAUAUUAGAUUGCUGCAAUCAGGGAGCUGUACUUGUAAAGUCAAAAGGCUACCCCCAUUGCAAUUACAUAACUUUGAAUUCUCCACUUUUGAAGAAUGUAGAUGAACAUGGUCUAAUUUUUGGAGCUGUGAAAAAUCUUGGAGAUCUAUUAAAACAUAACAUACCAGUGAAUGAGAAGAAAAGUUUGGUCAAAUGGGGCUUUUUCGCUCCAUCUCCAAGUGGGAUUACUCAUAUUCAAGAGCUUGUUGAGCAUAAAAAGAUAAUUCCAGUUGUACAAGAAGUGUUUCCUUUUGAAGAGUUGCCCAAAGCAUACGAAAGAGUAAGGGAUGGUCAUUUGAGAGGAAAAAUAGUUGUUGACAUGAGGUAAAAUUUCAGAUAUUAUUGACUUGAGUAAUCUAAAGUUUUUUAUUAGACAUUGCUGUGAUGAUCCUUUUUGUACAAUGAAUUUAGUUAUUUACAAUAAAUAUUUAAUUUAUAAUUUAUCAAAAUCA